AUGAACAAUGAUAAGUCAGAAUUUUAUAUCACAGGCAUGACGGCAGGAAAACUUCCAAUGAACAACCAACAAAUGGUCGGCUACCAGAGGCGAAUGAAGAUUCAAGUCAACAAACUUAUGACCGAAAAGCAAAUGACACGGAUGGACGCAGCGGCGCAAGGUAAUACCAACACGUUCGAACCAUUUGCGCGUGAACGUCGUAGAGCAACGGCACACGUAGAGCAAUACCCGAACAUCGGUCAUUCCCCCUCCGGGGAUGAUGCCACUACGCCAAAGGAUGUUAUACCAAUGUUGCUAAUAAAGAAACAGCUUCGUGAAUUCGGAAGGGGACGGUUAAGGAUGCCAUUCACCGACACGUUGUCCGCUAAUGUGGAGAAAUUUACGACCCCCGUUGGGCAGACACAAGUGACAGGCCAGCCGGAGAUAUUAGUAACAGAGAAAAAGUUGUCCGCAGAAGGAAUAUGA